UGGAAUCCAGGACCCCCAACAGAGACUGUCUUUGAGAAGGAAAUGGAAGAAUGGGAAAGGGGUUUGAAGCGUCAGUAUGCGCCCUUUGAACCUGCUUGAGUGGCCGCCAUGCCUUGUGAGGCCACGGACCACUCGGCCUCCCUGGACCAGCCCAUGAUGGACCUCGUGCCAGAGCCCAAAGUGGAGGAGGCGCUGGGCCUGAACCAACUGCCAUCCGAGCUGCUCCUGAUGGUGCUGAGCCAGGUCCCCCCACGCAUGCUCAUCAGACACUGCCGCCAGGUGUGCCGGCGCUGGCGCGCCCUGGUGGACUGCCAGGACCUGUGGCUGAUCAUCCUGGCCCGGGACCACCGCGCCCUGUGGCCAGUCCUCCAGAGCUGCCUGCCCCCCGCUGAUGACACCAGGCCCUCCGUCCUGGGCCGCUUCUGCGUGCGCAGACCUCUGCAUCAGAACCUCUUUCGGGACCCCAAGGGCGAAGAAGACUUCCAGAAAAGGCCGCGGGUGAGCAGAGAGGAGGAGGUGGCUCUGAAGGAAAAGUGGCAGGGCGUCAUCCGCAGGGCGGGUUGGAAGAACAGCUUUCGCUAUCUCUACAGGUGGUUUGAGAAGAAGCAAGUGGUGGACCUGCAGGAGGAGGGUCUCUGGCCAGAGCUCCUGGACAGCGGCAAGAUUGAGAUUUGGGUCUCUGAUUGGCGGAUAGAACGACGGCAAAGCAGCAAACAUCGAUAUGAACUAACGGUCCUCCUCCUAGAUGCCAACAAGUCCAUCCUGCAUCGUUUUGCUCCUUUGCGUUUUCCCGAACAGCCGAGAAGAAAGUGUGUCUUCCUCCAGCAUGGCGCUUCAGGCCCUUCAGGCUGCUUCCUGGUGGGUCAGGGCUCCACCACCAGCAGAAGCUGCGUGGCCUUCCUGACCCAGCCUUACUCGGAAGUUUCCUGGAAACAGUCACUCCGCAUCACUCACGCCACACUCCUGGUCAACCACGAGUUCUCUAACCUCAAGAAGGGUGUCCGCUUUGUUUCUUUUGAACACACAAUCCGGAACAUUGAGUACAGACCCGAAUGUUAUAAACUCUAUCGGUCCAGCUCCAGUGUGUCAGUGCUGGUCCGUUGUGAUCAACAACGUGGCUGCGCCUCCCAGGAGCUGGAGUCAUUGGCGGGGCCAUCUCAUUAA